AUGCAUCCAUCAAGAAGAUACAUUUUGUCUGUUAACGAAGUAGAAAAAGGACAAGUCAAUGCUUUCAAAAUCAAUUCAAUACAAACAGCUGAAUUGAUUUUCAUCAAUCAACAAUCUUCUGGUGGAAGUUAUCCAAUUUAUCUUUCAUCGGAUGCCCUAGGUCAUUAUAUUUUUGUUGCCAAUUAUAUUUCUGGUACUGUAGCUGUAUUACCUUUCGACACUAACUAUGGCCGUAUUCAAGACUCAACUGGAGUUUAUCAACAAAACGGCUCCUCCAUUGAUCCUGAGAGCCAAACAUCAUCUCAUCCUCAUUGUAUUUUGUUAGAUAAGAAAGAGGAAUAUGCUAUAAGUGCUGAUUUAGGAUCAGAUGAGUUGUAUGUGUAUCGAUUUAUAUCUACUAAUGGAACACUAAAGAAGCAAUACAUUUCAAAAUCAAGACAACCAGGCGACGGUCCUAGACAUUUAAUAUUCAAUAAUAAUCAAAAGUAUGUUUAUGUGAUAAAUGAAUUAUCAUCAUCGAUCACCGUUUUCACCUAUUAUCCAAUUCUGAGGACUAUUCAAACAAUUUCAACAUUACCGCAGAAUUUUACAUCGAUAAACUAUGCUGCUGAACUUCUGGUUCAUCCUGUAUCGAAUAAAUUUCUUUAUGCAUCAAAUCGUGGUCAUGACUCUAUAGUUGUUUUUGCCAUUGAUAAUGCCACGGGAUACUUAAAUACUAUUCAACAUGUACAUGUACAAGGGCGCACACCUCGACACUUUAAUAUACUUCCAGAUGGAGCGCAUCUAAUUGUAGCUAAUCAAGAUUCAAAUAAUCUGGUUGUAUUUUCGAUCGAUACGACUACAGGGAUGUUGACACUCACAGAUUCGUCUGCUCAAGUGAGCAAACCGACUUCUGUCGCAUUUCUAAUACCAUAA